UCUCUUUAGGAACCGGCUGGCUCUUCCAGAAAGGUGAAAUGAUUCUGAAGGUAGGAUUGUUAGUUGUCCUUCCCCUUGUAUUGGGGAUCAUACCACCAGGAUCCAGAUAUGGAUCCAGCGGCAACGGAGGUAAUGGAGGCAUUCCAAACUCUGGGAUGAACACAGCAUCUCCAGGCAACACAAUCAGAAUGCCUGCACCAAACAAUAUGAAUGCUUCACCGAAUUCAAACAACAAUAGAAAUAUUGGGGGAAACAUGAGACCAGGAGGACGUUUCCCUGGAAAUGACCUUCCUUAUCAGUGCACCAUGUACAGCGACGCCGGUUAUUUCUGUCCUUGGGGUUACCCUAGCCCAGGUACAAGAUACUUUUUCAAUACAUACUCCGGACGUUGUGAAAGCUUCUACUACCUUGGUUGCGGAGGCAACCUUAACAGCUAUUCCUCUCGCGAAGAUUGCAUCAGAUCCUGUGCAUGCUUCACCUACGCUGAUUACGGAAACUAUCCUUGUUAUUAUGGAAGCACUCGCCGGUGGUAUUUUAACAAAUACUCAGGAACCUGUCAACAAUUUUAUUUCAGUGGAUGUAAUGGUGGAAAUGACAACAACUUCCGAAGCCAGUUAGAGUGCCAGUCUGCUUGUGGACCAGCACCUUGUGAUGGACCAUGGUGUGGAGGUAUGAUUGCAAUGGGAAACAGAAGGCAAGGAGGACAGGCAGCUGCCCAAAUAGCUAAUGCAAAUACUAGAGCACAGGCACCUGCCCCAGCCAUAGCUAACCAACCUGGAAUUAAUGUAAUGCCUGCCAUCGCUCAACCCAAUAUUGCUAUGCCAACCAACAACAAGGGUUCAUCAGGCGCAAACACAAUGACUAUCGAUAUGACAAAUAACAUGGCCGACGGAAACAACAAUGGAAUGGACAUGAACGCAUUUGCUAAAAUGGCCUCUUCUGCUAUGAAUCAAAAUUCCAAUGCAAAUGCAAUGAGCAUGGUCUAUCCUACCUCGAAUCAAAUGAAUUCUGGAAAAACCAUGUACAUUUAAAAACCAAUUAUAAAAAAAAAUCACACUUUUAAAACAUUUUGAAUAAAGUCUUUUUUCAA